AUGAGUCAGCUACAAGACACCAUAAUCCGUAUUGACGUUCCAGGUAGCAGAACAAGUCAAAGAACAGACAAUGCAGAGAUAAAUGUAUUAUGUUUUAACAUAACUGGUUACAGCCUAAUCAAGCAGUUCCUUAUAUGUUCAUUGUUUGUCUUCGUAUGCUAUUUAUCUUAUGGAUAUUUCUUAGAAUUGGUAUUUUCAAAUGCUGCUAUUAAGCCAGUUAGCCUAUACAUAACAUUAAUUCAGUUUAUAAUCACUACGGUCCUGAGUUAUACUGAAUCGUUGAUAAGAAGUCCAAUAAAACGAAAAGUCCCAAUAUGGACCUAUGCAAUAUUGGCCGCCUUGACCCUGGGCACAAUGUCGCUCUCAAAUUUAGCUCUGAGCUAUUUGAAUUAUCCAACACAACUUAUCUUCAAGAGCUGCAAACUUUUGCCAGUGAUGAUAGGCAGUAUUAUUAUUAUGGGUAAGAAAUACGGCUUUCUGGACUACGUUGCAGCCGUUGUCAUGUGUGUGGGACUAACAAUGUUCACGUUGGCGGACUCAAAAGUCUCACCAAACUUCGAUUUCGUAGGUGUCAUCGUGAUAUCAAUAGCGUUACUAUGUGAUGCCAUUAUUGGCAACGUCCAAGAGAAAGCUAUGAAACAGUACCAGGCUAGCAACAACGAAGUAGUCUUCUAUUCUUACGCUAUUGGCAGUAUAUAUUUAUUGUUCAUAACUGCUACAAGUGGGAUAUUGUUGGAUGGUUUCAUGUUUUGUUCUGAGAAUCCUUUAGUUGUAUACGGCAAUAUAUUCCUGCUCAGCCUGAGUGGGUACAUAGGUCUGCAGGCGGUAUUGACGCUGGUCCGAAUAUGCGGCGCGACCGUCGCUGUCACAGUCACCACAUUCAGGAAGGCGCUGUCUAUUAUAUUGUCCUUCUUGCUAUUUAGCAAGCCGUUUGUCUUCCAAUACGCGUGGUCAGGUAUGCUUGUCGUGUUAGCAAUAUACCUGAACCACUACAGCAAGAAACAUCCCAAUUAUGUGCCAGCUGUUAUAUUGCAAUGUUGGUAUUAUAUAAGUGCUAUGUACGAGUCGGAGUAUAAAUAUCUAAGGAUAAAGAGCAAGGUGUACUCUGACACGGUCUAG